AUGAAAAGGCUUUGGCUGUUUGUUUUCAGUGCAAUUCUGGUGACUGCACAUGCUCUCACUGUGGAAGCACCUGCCAAGGAAACACAAGUGGCACGAGGGAACAAUGUUACUCUCCACUGCCAGUUUAAAACAGAAGCUUCCAUUGACUCAGGAGACAUUGUUGUCUGGAGAAAACUCAAUAGUGUGGAUGAUGCUGUCACUAGGUAUUUUGAUGGACUUGUCCAGUACGGCAAGGGCUACAAAAACCGCAUACAGUUCAGUGGUGAUGUAAAUGCAGGGGAUGUGAGUAUCACCAUCAAUGCAGUGACCAUGGCAGACAACGGCACAUAUGUGUGCAGCGUGCGGCUGAGGAAUGACCCCCCCCGGCAGAUCACAACCUUGGCUCUUUUUGUCCUUGUUGCACCAUCCAAGCCAGAAUGCAAGGUUUUGGGGACAGCAGAAUAUGGACAGACAAUCAAUCUGACCUGCAAUUCUCAUGAGGGCUCCCCAAAGCCCAGAUAUACCUGGCAAAGCUUCAAUGUACAAAAUGAGCCCCGUGCACUACAAACAACAGAAGGGGAACAAAUAACUCUGAAGAACAUCUCGGUGGAUACCUCUGGCUUUUACAUCUGCACUUCAACAAACAUUGUGGGAAAGGAGUUUUGCAACAUGACAGUCAGCGUAUUGCCACCAUCCAUGAACAUAGCUCUCUACGCUGGCAUCAUUGGUGGAGCUGUUGCUGCAAUUACAGUUAUUAGUAUUUUAGUCUAUUGCUGCUGCUGUCAGACAGAGAAGGAAAAGGACUAUGAGAUGACGGAGCAAGAAGAUAAAAGUGAACACUCCAAGGAGACACCUGCAAGGCAUCUGAGAGCAGAGGAUGAUGUUGAAGAUGAAUGAAGAAAGAAGCAAGAAGCCAGUGCCAUCUUCAGGCUUUAAUGAGGCACAGACACCACUGCAGAGAAGAAACCAAUCCCUCGUUUUUACUGCGAGAUUUUUCAGAAUAAUAAGGUGAAAGCUGAUGGCUCUGCCUUCCAAGUUCUGGAAGAGAAUUCUUGUCUCUCUGGAAAGAAGUGAUUACAUAUAGUGAGUACGUAACCUCAUAGCAGAAUAUGCAUUUGAGGCAUGGCUUUAUCCAGUCAUCUAAAAAUAACCAGUCUUCUAGACUUCCCACUCCCUCAAAAAAGAAGCCAGUCAGGACUAUUUGGAAAACAGAGUUACUGCUGUAUCCCCAGCUCCACAGAAGCUUUCAAGGUCACCAACAUCAAGUCAUCAAGGAAAAGCUGUCUAGUUCGUGGUGUUACACAUGUGCCAUAGCUUACAGCAUUGUCCAGUACAGAAAUUGUUUUAUGCAGACUGAAGUGAGCUGAUUUUGAAGGACAUUUUACUGAAUGCAUUAUCUGUAUAUAUUAUACAUGCACAUAUAAAUAAAAAUAAGGAAACCAUUCACA